UUGCCUCCAGAGCUCAGCUGAGAGGGUAGAAGGCCGGUCGUUUUUCGGUUCUCCGAAAUUCGUUUGGGGGUUGGGGGUAGAGUGAUAUACAGAACAAAACGACAGAAUCAUCAUGGAUCCGGAAGCAUUCCUUGACCUGGCCAACCAGGUGGUCAAGUUGAAAAUGUUUCCUUAUUUUGACAUCGCUCAUUCAGUCCUGUGUGCACUUCAUGUUCGUGAAGACUUGGGACCAGGAGCACAGGCCUUCUCCCGGAAACAUCCUAUGUCAUGCUGGCUCUCCACCAUGCUUGUGGUGUUUGCUGGAGGGAUGCUCUGCAAUGGCCUCCUUGGGGAACCCGUCCUUGCCCCACUGAAGAACACACAACAGCUGGCUGUUGCUACUGUUGUGUGGUAUGUCAUUUUUUAUACUCCAUUUGACAUUGGCUACAAAGCAGCAAAAUUCCUGCCAAUCAAAAUUGUGUUUUCAGCUAUGAAAGAAAUUUACAGAUGUAAAAAGGUGUAUGAUGGCGUAACUCACGCAGCAAAGUUAUAUCCUAACGCAUAUAUAAUUAUGAUUCUCAUUGGAACGCUGAAAGGUAACGGUGCUGGUUUUACAAAGUUGUUUGAACGAUUAAUCAGGGGAGUGUGGACACCAACAGCAAUGGAAUUCAUGCAGCCAAGUUUUCCAACAAAAGCCUGCAUAGUUGCAUCAGUUAUAUUUGUCCUGGAUAAGAAGACUGACCUUAUCUCAGCACCACAUGCUCUGGUGUACUUUGGAAUUGUAAUAUUCUUCGUAUACUUUAAGCUGUCUUCACUUCUUUUGGGAAUCCAUGAUCCAUUUGUUCCAUUUGAGAACCUGUUCUGUGCACUGUUCUUGGGUGGAAUCUGGGACGCCUUGGCUAAGCUCUUUGGUCGUGGCGGGAACAAAGAUGAAAAAGCAGAUGCGAAGAAGAAAGAUUAAAUAUCCUGUCUGAGACCUGCAACAUUCGCACCGUGGGAGUGAGGAGCACCCAAAACACAGAACUAGUCAUGCUGCACAUUGGAGCACAUAACACAUUGAGGGGCAUGUGGACUUCAAACACCAUUGUGAAGCAAUGAAAUUCCUAAAUAUGUUAUGCAUAAACUGUUUUAAACGUUAUUUAUACAAUAAGUUUUGUAUACAUUUUAUUCAUGGUACUGUUGUAAUCUACAUACAUAGUUUAUGUCAUACAUAACAUAUACAUUUUAUUCAUGUUUCUGAGAGCCACACAGUGUGUUUGUAACAUAACAUAUAACAUGACUUGUCAAUUCAUUGUACAUCAGCUGAUCUCAGUGGGUGCAGUUCAGCUGUAGAAUGAAUUGAUACACCUGAUUUUAAAUACUCAACAUGUUCACAUAGAUGUUUCAUGUGAAUUUUAAUUUUAUUGUGAACAAAUGAUUUUACAUUGAUUUCCAGUAUGUAUGACAUUAACUGUUUUCAUGUAGAAGAGACUAUAGUUUUAAAUUUCCUAAUAAAAUACAUCACCAAAGGCAUUAUACAUCUGGAAGAUUGUGUAAAGUUUUAUUUCAUUUUACUAGAGAAUAUGGUUAAUUUUAGUAUUCUCAAGCACCAAGCACAAUUCCAGGUCAUGUGAGACUGUUUCAGAGUUACCUAAUAAACAAAAGCACAUU